AUAUUCUUGUCCAUCCUCGACACUACCUGUACAUUUUGGGACUCGCAAAGUUUCAACGUUACCAAGUCAAAAGCCUCAUAGAUCAUCCAGAUCAGAAGAAUCUAAAACGAUAGUUCAGAGCGCCAAGAUGAGCCUACGGUACGGUGGUAGGCACCUGUCCACUGCAUUCCCGCGCUGUCGGACGAGAUCGACCGUGGCCUCGUCAGGAUCUACCUAUCGUACUGCGUCUUCCCUGGCGAUCAGCAGCAACGACGACGCUACGGAUCGAGAUCACAGUGGAACGGUAUUACAGGAGGGCCAAGAUAGGGUGCAAACUCGGGACUUGCCUGUGUCUACGUUGACGGACAAGGACAGCUUCCUCGAGCUCGAGGACGACGAAUACCAUCGUGUGAUCCUGCCUCACCGUCAACCUAAACCGUUCGUGGUUCCAUGGCCGACCCUGCUACCUCACGACGAGGCGGAAUCCGCCACCUCCGAUACCACCUCUCCUGCCCAAAGCAAAUCCCCGGAACCCGUCGUUUACCUCCCUUCCGCGGCCACGGUGACCUUGGCCGAGGUCAAGGCGAAGCGCUCUUUGGGUCUCGUGACUACCCCAUGUGACGUUCUCAACAAGGCCGUCCGGAACAGAAACUACCAGGACGCCAACAAGCUUCUCAUCGAAUUGGAAGAGCUCGAGAUCCCUAUCCGUGCGGAUGAGAAAUAUAUCUACGCCGCGGUCAAAUCGCUACGGUCAGAGAUCAAUCCCUGGAUCCCGACCUCUGAUCCCUCUGAUCCGUCUGCCAAGGCGCGAAGACUCGCUCUGAGUUAUCUCUCGCACUGUCCGCCCGUCAGCCAUCAGCUCCACAUCCCGGAUCCCGUUGAACGGGUCCUUCGACGGCUCUACACAGCAGCGUUUGAGAACAACCAUAUCGCCGACCUCGAGUUUACCGAGCGUCUCUUGCUCAUAUCAGCUAGCAAAGGUCUGAUGGGACUGACCAUCAAAACGGGGUUAUUCAAGAACUGGUUAAGCAGGGUCGACGUGGACAGGGGUUACAAGGGCAUCAACGAGAUCAUCGAGCGGUCGGCCGGGGCAGCGGGCAUCAGCCUCGAACCGCGAUCCCGGGAGGAGGCUGCUCGACAUCGCAUGUCCUACGCCGAGAUCAGGUCGAGAGCGGGGUUGAAGCUACAGGCGUUCAGGUUGCGCAAUUUCCAUCUCCGGACCUUGAUCGUGAUGGCAGAGCGGGCUUUCAAGCGAUCCUUGGAAGAAUCCGAAUUCCAACCCGUGCCGGCUUCCACCGAUUCGACGUCGAUGGAGCAGACCCAAGCGCGAACGGAUGAAGGUCGACGAUACCUGGAUCUCGCCAAAAGGAUUUUCGUCUCCGGUCAACGCGUCGGGAUCGUCUGGGAAGACCGAACCAAGCUGGCCAUGCUCGAAGCCAUCAAGACUUAUCUGCCCGAUGAGUCCGGGAACGUCUCUCUCAAGACGAUUAUCAAGCCGUACGCCAGGCAGAGGGACCAUCCGGAUCCGAUUGCCUAUACGACGACGGCGGUCCACAGGCGGAGAAGUGGGACUGCGACAGGUUCCGACGCUUCGACCGACCUUGUUUCGGGCAAACGGAUCCUCGAGGUGGUUCACGCUCGGGCGCACGGUCCUCUAAAAGCGCUGGCGGAUGUGCUCCUUCGUCUCGAAGAGCGGGGCGACCGCCCCUCCCUCCUCCGUCGGAUCGAGAAUCGGUUCCUGGACUCGCCCCCCGAGUCAAGAGUCAUGCCCUGGAAGAUUAACCCGACGACCCGGUCGUACUGGUACAUGGCACAGGUGGCCAAGCUCAAACGUCAAAAGAGAUUGGGCGAGGCGAUCGCGCUGUUCAGGCGACAAUACCUCUGGGUCGGUUUGCCCAAGCUGGAAGGUCUCAAGUUCGUCCAGCCGAUUGUUGAACCUGCCGUCAAGACGAACGAGGGCUGGCAGAGACCAAAAAUUCAACCGAGCUCGCUGGCGAUCACAGGUAUUCUUGCCGUCAUCGUGGCAAACCUCGACCGCCCGGACGCAUCCCUGCUCAUCCGUCUACACGAACAGCAGAUGCAGUUCGCGUCGACCUACGAGCACGGCGAUGCGUCCACCGGCAUGCACAAAGCCAGUCAUCUACCGUUCAUCAUGGCAAUGACGAAAUCAGCAGGCCCAAUCGAGACUCAAGCCUACCUCUUGAGCCUGGAAGCCAAGGGGAUCUUCCCGGGCAUUCCGAGCUGGACCGCUGUCGCCACAGACUUCGCUCGACGUGGGUAUUCCCAUCGAGCUUUGAUGAUACUCAGCGCCUACCGGUCAGGCUUGACGGCGGAUCCGUCUUCUCGGCGAGGCCGAAGGGGAUCGACCAGAGUAACGAGUCGGGCAGGCAAUACGCGCAUGUUCUUGGCGGUCGCUGCCAUGCAUCUUCGCACAGGCCGGCGUGCUAGAGCCCAGGAAGUCAUCAGUCUCAUGCGUGGUCAGAAACCCUUGUCGAUUGACAAGGCUCUCGGACGAUAUAGAAGUCGUAUGCGGCGCAAGAUAGCAUGCUCUAAAGCCUCCUUGUAAUUUGCUUAUACAUGUUGACGGGCUUUGUCUGUACCCGGCCUCUACUCGGCAAUGUCAUAGAUAUUUGCUAGC